UUUCAUGAUGAAUUGUAGUGUGAGAUAACAGCCUUUUAUUUGGGAUGCAGCUGCUGCAAGAUUGCCGUCUCUCCUGAAAAUCUAGAAGACCGGUGAAACUCGAAGGAGAUAGGGAAGUGUCAUCUGCAAGGUUGAAAGGAAAAGCACAGUGAUUCCGGAUGCAAAUCUGUGUGUUUUUGUAUGACGAGUGGGCUCGAGUGUCUAGUUCCAUUACUUUGGAUUGUUGAACCUGAAUUGGAACGAAUACAUUUCUAGGUUUGCUGGGAUGGGUAAUCUUCUUAAAGUCCUUACCAGGGAAAUUGAAAACUAUCCACAUUUUUUCCUGGAUUUUGAAAAUGCACAGCCUACAGAUGGAGAAAGGGAAGUAUGGAAUCAAAUCAGUGCAGUUUUACAGGAUUCUGAAAGCAUGCUUACUGACCUUCAGUCUUACAAAGGAGCUGGACAAGAAAUUAGAGAUGCAAUACAAAAUCCAAAUGAUAUUCAACUUCAAGAAAAAGCAUGGAAUUCAGUAUGCCCUCUGGUUGUGAGGCUAAAGAGGUUUUAUGAGUUUUCACUCAGACUAGAAAAAGCCCUGCAGAGCUUAUUGGAGUCCUUGACCUGUCCACCCUAUACCCCAACUCAGCACUUGGAGCGAGAGCAGGCUUUAGCUAAGGAAUUCGCAGAAAUCUUACAUUUUACACUCCGUUUUGAUGAACUGAAGAUGAGAAACCCAGCAAUUCAAAAUGACUUCAGUUAUUAUAGGAGGACGAUAAGUCGCAACAGAAUAAACAAUAUGCAUCUAGAUAUUGAGAAUGAAGUUAACAAUGAAAUGGCCAACAGAAUGUCUCUAUUUUAUGCAGAAGCCACCCCAAUGCUGAAAACACUCAGCAACGCCACAACCCAUUUUGUAUCGGAAAACAAAACUUUACCUAUUGAAAAUACAACUGACUGUUUAAGUACCAUGGCUAGUGUAUGCAAAGUCAUGUUGGAAACACCAGAAUACAGAAGUAGGUUCACCAAUGAGGAGACUCUGUUGUUCUGCAUGAGAGUAAUGGUGGGAGUUAUUAUUCUCUAUGAUCAUGUCCAUCCUGUGGGAGCUUUCUCCAAGACAUCAAAGAUUGAUAUGAAAGGAUACAUAAAAGUUUUAAAGGAACAGCCUCAUGACACUGUUGAAGGCCUUCUGAAUGCCCUCAGGUUCACUACAAGACACCUGAAUGAUGAGUCAACUUCAAAACAAAUUCGAGCCAUGCUUCAGUAGUACCCUCUGGGACAGGUGAAUGUGUGUAUUGAUCACAGAAGAUGUGUAUGUUUACAUAAUUUAAUACAGAUUGAUGUUAAUACUUGUGUGUAUUUACAUAACCAUUUUCUUCAGAUCACUGAAAUAUAUGAAACCUUAUUCAUAACCAGACUGCUUUAUUAUAGCACAACUAUACUUUACAGGCUAGCCUUAUCUCUUGACAUUAAAAAUAUUUUUUUUACCAAGAAACUUCAUCGACAUCUAUAACAAUCUGUGUUUUAUUUCAGUCCUUAAAUGCAUCUCUUUCACAAAAGUAAACAGUAGUAACAACAAAAUGGAGGUCAAAUAGGCUAAUCUUUCAGUUACCCUAAAAGUGAAACCUUGAAGGUGAAAUUUAAAACAAAUGAAAAUAAAAUUGAAAUAUUGUACUUAAUAACAUGCACAAGUUCAGUUGCCAAUUAUUUUUAAAUACAGCUUUCACUUCUCUCUUAAGACUUACAGUAAUUUGAAUAGUCACACACUUGUAUGGAAGAGAACUUGUUUUGUUUUAGGAAGAAGGGAAUGGUCAUAUAGUUAGUAAUGGCCCUUGGCUAGCUAACUGAAUCAAACACACUUCUCUUGCAGGAGAGAGCAUUUUGCCUCCUUGGUUUAUUAGGUAGCCCCUUCUGUUCCACAGUUGAUAAAUAUCUUAUUUCAGGCUCUUUUUAUGUACAUAUCGAAUGCAGUUCAGGAGCAUAACUGGAUUUUGACAACUUGUUCAAGUGUAUUAGUCGAAGAGAAUUAAAAAUAAAAAACCUCUCCUAGCCCCACUGUUUUAAAUAUUAGAAUAUAAGGAGGAAGUGUUAAUUUUGUCUAUACUAGAAAAGAUUUGUUAAAUCUUAGCUAAAUCAGCAAAGUCUCCUAAUGGAGGCAAGGUUUAAGCUAGCAAAAGCCCCUUUUUUUUUUGCCGGUAUAAGGAUGUUGUAUAGAAUUACACUCCUCACUAACCUUAUUGCAUUUGCAAAUGUUUUGAGUGUAGACCUAGCGUCAUCAGAAUGGGAGAGUGUGACUUCCUUUGGGACUUGAGCUGCUUUUAAAUAUACCAUCAAGUUUCUUAUAGUAUUGUUUAUCAACUGACAUCAUGUAAAACC